AUGGCUACUGUACCCGGUACGCCACGGGUGAAUGGGGGUGAGGACCGAAGAAGCUACGAGUUUACGCCCAUCGGAUACGUGAGAAAUGGAGACGAAACCGGUGAUAAGGCAGCGCACAAUGUUGACGGGAGAAAACGCAGGUCUAAUGAGCAUCUGAUACUGGAAGAGCAAGAUGAAGAUGAGGAUGAACCUGCAAAGAAGAGCAGACGGUAUUAUCACGACCGUCACGACGAUACAUUGAACUCGACGCGACUGUUUAACGAGUCGUCGUUCGACGACUCGAUUCCGUCGCAAUUGCCAAUGCAAAACGGCAAGAUGUCCAGUAUGGGCAAAGCACCGGAGCUCACAGAGCCGAGCAGCUCAAACCCGUUGAAAGAACAAGAGGAAUCGCUAUACAGGCUGAACACAGAGAACUAUAACCUGCGGGUGCGGUGCAACAGCCUUUUGAAGUUUCUGAACAAUGUAACGGACGAGGGCGAGCUACGACAGAAUUUGGAGCUCUUAGACGAGCUGCAGGAGUGGAAGAAUAAGUAUCAAUCGCUGAGUCGGGGCUACCGCGAUUUGCAGGCGAAAAUAGACAGUGAAGAGGGCAAAGAUAGUGCUUUAGGCGCUACGGGCGCCAAAGACUCCACAGACCAACUACGGCAAGAGAACACACGACUCACACAGCGGAGUGAACAUCUCGAGCAGCGUGUCUCGGAGCUCUUGUCGCAAAUAUCCGAGGUUGAGAAAGUCGCACAGGUCCGUGAGGAGCAAAGACAUGCACAGGCAGAACUAGCAAAAUCGAUCACGCGGGACCACGACGUGGAAACUGCACGUCUGCAACGAGAACUCCAGGAAGCGAAGGCCAAGAUCCAUCGGCUUGAGAGCGAUCUACAGGAGUUCGAUCAUCAAGGUGGCUCUUUGCUGGCGCUUGAAAAACAGCUGGACCUGAAAAACGAGGGAAUUACGAAUUUGGAGACUCAGCUAAAGGAAGUGACGCACGUACGCCAGAAACUGGAGCAAGAAUUGGCGACGCAAAGAGUGGCGCACGACAGUUAUGUGCGUGACACUGAACAGAGGUUGAAAGAACUAGCAACAGCCGGAGAUGCCCCACGAGCGCAGCUUCAAUUGCGGCUUGACGAACUCGAGCGCUCAAAUACACGACUCGAGAGCCAAUCAAAGCAUUUUAAAGCUACUAAGGAGGAUCUGGAACGCGCUUUACGUACUCGCCAGGAGCGUAUCCUGGCGUUGGAACAGGAAAUAAAGCCGUUGCGAGAUUCGCAACACACCGCUGAAGAAACUUCGAAGCGCGAGAAACAAGCCUAUGGCGCUCUCGAAGUACAAGCGCGCAAGCUGACAGAGAAAUGCACUUCUCUACAGCAGGAAAACGAAAAACUAAAGACAAGAAUUGUAGAGCAAGCUGCGAAAUCGCCGCAGUUGAAGCGGAACAAUAGGGCUUUACUUGAAAAGGAAGAGCAACUUUCUGAACUGCAGGGUCAACUCCAGGAUUUGAAGCAUACUCUUGCUGCAAACAAAGAGACUCUUCACGAGUUGCGAUUGGCGCACCAAAAAGAACUCGACCGUUUACGCUUGCAGAUACAGGAUGCGCAAUCUGAGCCUGAUCUUAUCAACAGAAGACUCCAGAAAGAACUCGAAAUUCUCAAAUUCGAACUCGACUCUGUCAAGGAGACGAAGGCUAGAGAACUGGAAAUUCUGGAGACCAAAUACGCAGCAUUGAGAAAGGAAAAUCAUGGACUCUUGAAUCAAGACGAUCAUCACGCAGAACACUUCCAAAAAUUGAUAGCAGAGAAGGAUAGAGAGCUUUCUGACCUGGUAAAACGUUGCAGCGAUCUCACGACUCAGAGACUGCAACUAAGUCGGGAAUUGAGCCAUACGAGAAACUCUGAAAACGAGUACAAAGAAAAAUGGAAAGCCGCAAACACCAGACUAGAUUACAUUACGAAAGAGUUUGUAAACUUGCGGCAGGCCACUGAGGAGUCAGGACGAGACCCUGGCUCUUUCAAUGAGACGCGCGACGCACGUUGGCUAGAAAAAUACCAAAGCAUGAAGAAGAAACUGCUGGCAGAGUUGAAGUCAAUGCAAGACGAGAACCUCAAACUUGAGAAAAAAUUCUUACAAGAGAGAAGUGUAUCUUCGCGUGCGAAUAGACUCGGUUCGGACAGUUUGUCGCUGCAGGAUCAGCUCGACUACUAUAUGCUGCGGUACAGACGUGAGGUGAAGCACACCAACGAUCUCAAGGUCGUGAACGAGUACUUGAAUCGAGUGCUGAAAGCCAGCUCGCAGCACUUGCGGCUCGACAUUCUCAAGCUCGAAAGCGAGAUGCCCAAUUCUGCAUUGUUGGGCGAGCCGGGUCCAAACGUCGGUCGCUGGACAAGGGCCCCUCGGUUCAAGACCGUGGCUCUGUUUGUGCUAGCGUGCGUGCGUCUCAGACGCGUUGCUACGAGGUCCCGUCAGGACGCGCAGCGGCUCGGUUAUUUGCAGCGGAAAAUCGUUCUUGAUCAAGACAAAGUAACCUGGUGA